GCAGGGCGGGAGAGCAGAGCCAAGCCAAGGGCAGGCCAUUGGCUGCAGCUGCACCCAUGUCAGGCAUGAGUGGGUGUUAGUUUUCUCUUAUUCUUAAGUGCCUGAGCACAAGUUUGUUUCAAAGCUGUUGUAAUUUGAGCGCACGCACUGGGAAUAUAACAUUUCUUUAUGGGUCAAGCAAUUCUUCUCCUGCUUUUAUUAAAAUACUUAUUACAGGGCUCAGAGUGCCUAGUCUGUGACCAAGUGAGAAAGCCUUCUAGAGCAGUUUUGUUGGAGUGGACGGAAUUUCCCAAAGGCGAACAUGCAGAAUAUUAUAUUGUAACCUACCAGCUCACAAAUGCGUUCAAUCAAAAAAAUAUAAGAAACAUUUCUGAAGUUGAGCAAGAGCCUAUCAGUACUACAGUUCUGCUGGAGGAAAAUAAGCAUUAUGACAUUACAAUAGAAUCCCUAAAAAAUGGACAAAUUCUAAGUGUAAAGUCAUUUAAGACACGUGGAAUUUCAGAAAAUGACAUCAAAAUAUUUGCGACAGCCACUACAAUAUCUUUUAAUUUGAGUGCAGUGACCAAAGGAUUUGCAGUUUCAGUUUCACUGAAUGAUACUUCUCGGGUUACACAAAAAAAUAGUGGAUUCUUUGUCUGGAAUGAUUUGACACCUGGCACCUUAUAUACGUUUGAGUUUAUAUUUGACCAAUUACAUCUUGACUUUAUUAAUGUGUCUCAGUCACUGGAAGUUCAAGCUGAAACAGGCACCUGCUCCAAAGGGUGGCUGGCAUUCCAAAGCAGCUGCUAUAGAAUGGAUAAGGAGAGCAAGCCAUGGAAGGUGGCACAAGAAACCUGUGAAAAUUCUUCACAAGAGGCUCAUCUUCUUAAUAUAGGGAGUGAAGAAGAACGUGGUUUUAUUUCAUCUUAUCUCCAGACAGUUAGCCACAUGGUCAUGUUAUGGACAGGUCUUAAUGACUUGAAGGAGGAAGGUCGGCUCUUGUGGACAGAUGGAUCUCAUUAUUCCCUAAAGGCUAAUGUCUCACCUUUGUCAAUGCUACCAGCAAAUGAAACAGACUGCUAUGCCCUUCAGAGAGAUCCCACUGGUCCAGACUACUUCUUCAUGGGAUUUUUCUGCUUUAUACAACUACCAUAUAUUUGUGAAUAUGAAUUACCUCAGAUACCAGAAGACUCCAUAUUCACUGUUUCUGAUAUCAAGACAACUGAAGUUACAUUUAUGUGGAGUUAUAUGGAUAUCUGGCUUAAGUCAGGCUUUGCACUCGUAAUGAAGUACUAUUUUGAUCAUUUGAAACCACACAGUCUGAGCUUGCCUGUGAAUACAACUCAAGCGAAAAUUGUGCAAUUGUGUCCUGGUCUUUGCUAUAGGUUUUUACUAGUGGCAAGGAACCCUGAAGGGGCACAGGCCAUCUUAAGUCCAAUUCUGAAGGUAGAAACAAGGCCAUUGAACUCCCAGAAGUUAGAGACUACAUAUGUUUCAUCUGCAGAAAUACAUUUAAAAUGGAACCCUCCACAGCAUUCCUCCUGUGCUCAUUUUCAUUAUUACCUUAUAAACAUUUUGGAUGGUGAAACCAAUGCGUGGGAACAGUUGCCAAUUGAAAAAAACAAGACAUCAACAGUAAUAGGAAAUAUAAAACCUUAUCAUCAGUACCAGCUAUAUUUGCAGAACGUAGCAGAGAAAGGAACUCUAAGUUGCCAUGAAAAGCCUAUAUUAAUCACAACAGCUGUCAGUCCACCUACAGCUGUUUUUAUUCAGCCUGAGGAUGUGCAAGAAGAGAGUGUAAUCCUUCACUGGAAACUGUCACAAGAGAGUCAGGAGUCCUACAUUCAGGUGAAACCUAGUGCAGACGUCGGUGAAACUAAAAAGUUUCUAGUAAACAAUACAGAAGAAUUUAAGAUCGAUUUUCUAAUUCCUGGAAUGACUUAUGAAAUAGCAGUGGCAAAUGUGAAUAAUGGAAAUAUGAGUGAACUCAAGACUGUUCAAUGCACUUUAAGUAAGACGUUGUUAAGCAGUGGAAAUUACAGACUAUAAUACACUCAACAUCACGCUCGUUAUCAUUACUAACAAAUUACUAACAGAUCUAUCGUGUCGUGUACACUCGCUUAAUAGCCAGGGAUCAAAACUAGAAUACGAAUUACAUUGAUUCAGUUCCUAUUGUUGGCAAAGGCAAAGCCAAUGAUGUUGACUUUCAGAGAAAUCAGUCUUGGGAAACACAUUGGUAUUAUUGAAUGUUGUUUAACCAUGGUGAGGAUCAGGAUCCCAUUCCCUCUGACUGAAGAAAUUGAGCAAAUUGUUGAUUUGAAAUAGGAAAUUAUAGGAGUGAUUGAAACAGUAUCUUGGGUAGAGAUGAAUUAGGCAUCCUGUGAAAUUGAGAGAAAUUACCCGACUAUUGGUGAGAGGGCGCCAGGAAAAGAUUUUGAGUUGGAAGUAGCAGUAGCUGAAAGGGGAAAAGCUGUAAAUUUUUGGUCAAAGAUGCUUUUCUGUUAGUGUUUGUUUACUGACAUGUUGAAAUGCUUUUGGCUACAGUAUCAUGGUGGUGUUU